AUGGGCGCGCGCAUUGGCGCUUGGGUCGAGGAGCAAGCAGGAGCUGGCAUCCACUACACUCGCAUGCCGUGGGGUGCCCUCGCCACCAACAUGUUCAACCUGACGCCCUCCAAUGCCGUGGCGUGCCGGCUGAAGCGGGUCUACGCGGAGUGGGCCGGCAAGAGCAAGGCUGGGCGCCUGACCCCAGCAGGGGCGGGCGCGGAGGACCGGCAGCAGAGGAGGCGGCGGUCGGACGACCCGCAGGAACGCAGCCAGCUCCAGCGCAUGUCCUCGUUGAUUGGGUUCGAGCUGCUCCAAUGGUUUGUUGGCGAAAUCGAAUCCUUGACGUCGCGCGGUGACUCGUCGCUCAUGCUUGAGCACGCAGUGUGGCUCAGAAGCCAGCUGCUGCAGCAGGGCCAGCGAGAGGAGGACUUGCCCAAGAUCCACAAGGGAUGGCUGUACUUGUGGCGCAAGGAGCAUGGCAUCAGCAUCCGCCAGGGCACCACGCACUUCCAGGUCAGCUACGCGAAGGCGCUGGACCGCGUGAGGUGCAUGUUCGGGAACAUCUUUCGGCUGCGCCACCACUGGUCGCGGUGCCACCCAGGGACGGCGAUGCGAUGGUUCUCGGCAGACCAGAAGCCCAGUUGGAUGAACAACGCUGGCCGCAGACCGAUGUACGCCCGUAGAGGGUCUCGUCGAGUGGCCGCCAAGGAGAACCAUGCAGCCACCAGAGACAGGUACACUAUCCUGACGUGCGCGCAGUCUUGGCAGCCUCUGGACGGCGCGGUCCCGCCUGUGGCAGUGCUCUUCAAGGCUCAGAGCGGGGCACGCCUGCGGCAGGAGCUGCAGGUCCCGCCCUGGAUGCACUUGCAGUUUCAGGAGAAGGGCAGCUACCGAGCAGACGACGUGAUGGACGCCUUAGGCUUUGCUUUGCAGCCUGCUGCAAAGCCGGAGGAUUCAAUAGUCAUCCUGCUCGACUGGUACUCGGCCCACCUCACGGCAGAGGUGCAGCAGGCAAUCAGGGACAUGGGCCACGUGGUGUUGUACCAUGGCGGCGGCGUGACUGGGCUGGAGCAAAUCAAUGACACACAUUUCCACGCCCUGGUACAGCGCCUCAUGGAGCAGAUGGAGCAGAUCGAGAUCGGGCCGCUCCUGGGAGGCGAUGCUGUGCCUGAGGACGUCUUCGUCGACCUCCGGCCCUUCUGGGAGGCGCUGGGCGGGCCGGCACUCUGGCGCCACGCGCAGCAGACGGUGGAUGAGAUGUGGUCCGCUGGCACGCUGUCCUCGUGGGCCGACGUUGACCUGCUGAUAGAGCACCACAAGCCACACCCGUGCGCCGAGGAGGGGCUCGAGGGCGCGAACUGGGAGGUCGUCCCGGACGAGGAGGAGGAGGACGACGACGGCGGGGACGACCCUGGCGAAGGAGGCGGAGGUGCGGCGGCUGCUGCGGCGCCGUCGCCCAGCGGCGCGGCGCCGCCGAGCACUCCCGCGAACGCCUCGGCGGGGAGCGGCGCGGCGCCAUCAGGCGCGGCACCCGGUGGCGCCGCUGGCGGCUCGGCGCCGCUCGCCGCGCCUUGCCGCGCUGCCAGGGGCGCCCCAGCGCCUGGCGCCUCCGACGCGGACGACGACUGGCUGAACGAUGGCGGCUCGCUGACGGAGGGCGCCGGGCCUGGCGGCGGCGGCGCUUUGCCGGGAGAGGCCCCAGAGGCAGGCCCUGCCGGCCUGGCAGGAGACGGCGGCGCCCAGCUUGGCGGCGCCGAGAGGGACAGCGGCGGUGCAGAGUCGGGAGGAGCGCCCGAGGAAGGCCCCGGCGACUUGGCAGGAGACCACGGCGGCGUGUGCACCGAGGCCGCGUACCUGUCCGCCCUGAACCACGUGAUGGUCGUGGCGCAGCAGACGCGGAACGAUCGGUUCUUGAAGAGCUGCAGAGCCGAGCUCCAGCGGAGCCACAAGAAGAGGCGGACGUACGAUGCCCCAGAGGCGCAGCGGCUCCGGCAGGCCGCCAAGGAGGCGCAGCGGCUGCGCGAGGCGGACCGGCAGGCCGCGCGGGAGGCCGAGCGGGAGAGACAGGCGGCCGAGCGGCGCGAGGAGGUUCGCGUCGUGGACGCGAAACGGCAAGCCACCGAGGCCCGGAUGGCGGCUUUGGACAAGGCCGCCGCCGCACGGAGGGAGGCCAAUGAGCGGCUGGCUCUGGAGGCGACCCGUCGCGCGAAGGAGCGGUGGUUGCAGGUGGACUACCCCGUGAUGCUCGCCGAGCGCUUGGUGGCGUGGAGGCGCCGCCUGCCCCCCCCGGAGGCGACGGCGUUGCAGGACAGGGUUCGCAGGCUGGUGGGCUCCUCGCGGGUGGAGCGCACGAUCCGCGUGCCGGAGUUGUGGGUCGACGACAAGACGCUGACAGCUCCGCGCCUCGCGGCCUCCAUGGGCGCGCUGGUGGGUCCCCGCGGCGCCCGGACACGCGUGUUGUGCACGAGGGAGUUCGAGUGGACUCUCUUCGGCCAGGCCUGGGCGACGGAGGGCGGCCGGGGAGGAGCGGCGGACGCCGCCGCCGCCCUGCACCGGCUCAUCAACCAGUGCGCCCCUGGCGGCGCGGACCUGUUCCGCAGACGGUGGCAGCCUCCCGCCCUGCUGGAGACGUGCGGCAUGGUGGCUCCGAAAGCGUUCGUGUACGCGAUCAUUUUGCUUAGCACGUGGCUUGGGCCAGAGGCGUACCCAGAGGGCGUGCACGAGUGGCCGCCUGCCAUCCCUGCCGCAGUCACUGCGGGGUAG